UCUGAAAAGCACACUGUAUAGGUAAUAUUAUAAUUAUUUCAAUUUCUUAUGUAUAAUUACAGGAAAAGAAAGAAGAGAAGAAAAAGCACAUAUUCGACCACAAAAAAGUCAGGGUUCUUGUAAAUUGAACAGGAAUUGUACCAGUCAGAUAAUAAUUACUUUAGUAACUGGAACGGGGCUCUGUAGUAUGAGUUAUUUUAAGACUCAUUAUGGACAUGAAACUGAUAUGAAGCACAUGAGACUCUCUAAAAUCAAACGUGAAAGUGUUGCUUCCAAAUUAAUUGCAGGUGUUUCAGUAUCACACAUUUUGAAUUCUACGAGGGACAACAUUGGAUGUGCAUUCAAAAGAGAUCACUUAUUAACGAGGAUGGACAUUAAUAAUGUGAUGCGUUCUUACAACAUAGGUCUGAAGAAUGGGUGCCGUCACAAACAAGAUGCAGUCAGUGUGGAAUUAUGGGUCCAAGAAAUUUCUGGAACUGAAAAUAAUCCAGUAAAAUUUCACAAACGUCAAAAUUCUGAAUGUACUGCAUACAAUUUAGAAAAUAAUGAUAUUUGUCUGAUAUUAAUGAGUCCAGUUCAAGCAGAGCUAUUAAAAAAAUUUGGGCAAAAUCUUAUAUGCGUAGAUAGUACACAUGGCCUCAACGCAUAUGACUUUGAAAUGACUACAGUUCUGGUCGUUGACGAAUUUGGAAAUGGAUUUCCAGUAGCUUUCCUAUUUUCAAACCGAAAGGACUCCUACAUUAAUGAAGUCUAUUUUACAGAAAUUAGGAAAGUUACUGGGAAAAUACAAACACUCAAUUUUAUGUCUGAUAUUACUUCCGUUUUUUAUCUUCCUUGGCAAACCAUUAUGGGUACCCCAAUUAAACAAUUAUAUUGCUCAUGGCACAUCGAUCGUGCUUGGCAACAAAAUUUGGGGAAAAUAUCAGACUUGGAUAAAAGAAAAUGGGUUUAUAAGUCAUUGAAGCAUGUUCAAGGUAUACUGGAUGAAGAUAAGUUUACUUCAGAUUUCAACAACUUAUUAAACCUUUUACUCUCCGAUGACGAGACCAAGAAAAUGGGCGAAUAUGUAAAAACUUACUAUGGUAAAAAUGUGGAACAGUGGGCUUAUUGUUACCGGAAAAAUUGUCCUGCAAAUACUAAUAUGCAUUUAGAGGCUAUGCAUAAAACAAUUAAACAUGUGUAUUUGGACGGAAAAAAAAUCAGUAUGGAUAAAACUUUGCACUGUUUGCAAAGAUUCAUAAGAGAUAAGACACUGGAGAGAAUUAUAAAAAUUACAAAAGAUAAAAAACAUCAUCACUGCAAUAUGAUAUUUUCUAGACACAGAGCUGCAUUAACAUUGGAACUAAAAAAUAUAGAAGUAUCAGAAAAUAGAGAAGACAGCACCUAUUACAUCAAAACUGCUGAUGACUUACAUAUAAUUAGUAAAAAGCAGUUACAAAAAUGUUGUCAUCUGGUGUGCACUUCGUGCGACAUUUGCAUACAUAUGUAUGAGUGUUCCUGCAUAGAAUAUGCAAUAAAAUUGACUAUAUGCAAGCACAUACAUUUUGUUUGCUUAAACUUCAAGAAAUCAAAAGUGAAAGUAAACAAAAAUGAACAACAAUGUGAAAACUUAGAUAAGGAGACUGAAGUGACAGAGCUGCUUCAAAAUUUUCCGUCCUCUACCAUCUGUGUAGCAGAUAAAAGAAAAGAAGCAACCGAUCUGGCAUUUCAAUUAAUUGAAAAAUUAAAAAGUGACCAUCUAAACAUUGAUCAGUUGGACUUAAUAACCAAACAUUUAAAAGUGGCCGCUUCUGUAGGAUCUUUAAGCUGUGCACAACAGUCUGCUGAGGACUUUACUAUUAAAUUGGAGGAAGAUAAAUCAAUGCCUUCAAAUAAGAAAAUUGAAAAACAGGCAUUCUUCUCAACAAGGAAGAAAAUGAAAGCCAAGAAUGCGAAUGAAGAAACCAGAUUCUGGUGAAAAACGUGUGAUAGAUGACACGCUUAAUUCUAAAUUGUACAUGUCAACCGAUCUAUCUAAUGACCAUCUAUAUACAAAAAAUUGAAUCUAAACUUACAUGCAUAGAAAUCGGCCCACUUUAAACUUGAACUAUAUUUAUUUCUGAAACUAAUUACUUGUUACUUCCACCAAAAAAGGAAUAUACUUUUUAAAAGUUAAUUUAACAGGCUUUAAUAUGAGUAUAAACUUGUCAUGUAUAUGCGUAGCAACCGAUAAACAUAUAGAAUAGUGUUUAUUUGAUGUUUAUAACGAUAAUAAGAAAUUAGUCAAAUUUUUUUUAUUAUUGCCUUUGCAACAACACUUUUACAUUGUUUGCUUUUCAUAUUUUUUUUCCUUUUGCGUUGUAUGGCUACGGGCCCUUCAAGUAGGCUCAUUCGCCGAUUCACCAAUUCAAAUAAAUACUUCAUUCUACAAUACAAUUCAAAUAAAUAAACACCAUGCUUUUCAUAAUUAAUUAGUGUUCAAAUGUGUGUAAGUUAAAAUUACACUACACCAGAGAAAACCGGUUAAGUUGUUGUCAGAAAAUGCAGCCAGUGAGUGAUUACUGUACAACUGGAUAUGACACUCGCCGCGGUUCGAAGAGUGUUCCAACAUUAUGAGGAUGAGUAGACUGGAUACUUUCGCAGACAACUUGGAACUGGUUGAAUUUCUCGUGAUGAUCGCUUUAUUGUGUCAACAAUGUUGUUAAGGUCGUCACCUUAAUGUCGUUCUAGUGCAAAAACAGCUCCUUGAAGUAAGAGGAAUGGUUAUUAGUCAGUGGAGAGUAAAACGAAGACUGGAGGAAAAUAAUCCGACUCCUCGAAUAUCUGCAAUUGGUUAAAAACUUAUAUUCAUUUUUUAUCCGAGUAAGAGUUUCUGAAAAAAAUAUAGUUCAAGUCCAAAGGUUAACGUGGGCCGAUUUCUAUGCACUUUAGUUUAUGUACUUACAUAUUGUUUGAGAUCAAUCACAUUACAUAUACAUAUUCCAUUUAUUUUAGGGAAACACUUUGCUGAUUAUUAAUUUAUCAUCCAACAAAUUGUUUGCUUUCUAUUGGUAUUUACGUUUGUUGUUCCUCAUGCUUUAUUCGUAUUGAUAUUGUUUUAAAUUUUUUCCAAGAUGCUUCUAUGUUUUAAUUCCUUUAGGUUUAUAAAAUUAUUUCAUUUAUUGCUAUAUUCACUUGUUUACUGAAUUCUGUAGCUGUUGAUCUUAUUUCUUGAAGCAUGUAUAUUUCGAUUUUACUACUGUAACUUUUGCUGUUUGUGACUUUUUGGCUAAUUUAUGAAACUAGGUUUACUACACUUAUUCUUGAUCAUAGUAGAUAAUUAUCUGAGUAUAUCGCUAGCCGUCAUGUUACUUUUGUGUUCAUGACUCCAUUCUUAACUCGUGUGUUAACUAUUAUAUAAUCAAUUAUUAUUUUCUCAUUCGUACUUUUUUACUUCUCUUGUAUACUUAUGAAUGCCUUUAGCGAUGACUCAAAAAUUUAUGCUGCACUUUCUCAAUGGCAUGAACAUACUAUUUGUAAUAUGGAUUCCAUUUUACAACACAAUUUUCCAGUAAUAUACUUACAAACAUUUAUCAGUUUGAUGACAUUAUGUUAUGUCGAUUAUUUUCUCCCUAGUGCUUUGCUGAUUUCCUCAUUCUUUAUGCCUAGUCUAGCAUUUAAAUCGCCUAUUGUCAUUAUUAAUUGUUUAUCAUUAGGAUUACAUACCAUAAAUCUUAAGAAAACAUUUUCUGAUGCUUAAUUUACAUUAAGAUUUAUUAUUUAUAUUUACAUAUUGUUAAAAAUAUUACAAUGGUGCUCAUUUUCAGAGUAUAAUCAUUUGAUUAGAAAUAAUGGAGUCAAUAGAGUUUUUACUUAUGGAAAAAAUUAAACAAGGUAGAAUUUUUUAUAAUUUCAUUAAGAAUUAAUGUACAAUAAACAACAUAUCAAAAAUUUCUACUUCAAAAGUGGGUGCUCCAUUUUUUAUUAAACAAAUAAACUGCAAAAUUAGUUGUUUUUUUAAAAUAAUUACGAAAAUAUAAAUUUUAGAAAAAAACUGACGUAAGCAUUGAAAAAUUCAGCAAAUUUUACAUAAAAAACAUAUAUAAACAUUUUUCUAAAAUUAAAUUUACAGCUUUUAUAAUUUUUUAUUUAUAACGCUCGAGUCACCCCUCUCACAGCGCCCGGUUGACUAAAUUUAACAUAACUUUAAUUUUUAAUUAAUUAUUUAAAUUAACUUUAAAUUUUACAGCUUAAAAUUAAAUUUUACAAAUUGGAAAUGAAAGAAGAACAUUAAAUCUAUUUUAUAGUUAUAUUACAACCAAAAAAAUAUGUGAAUAAUUACAGUGUGGGUGGAAAGUGGGGCUUACGCGAAUUUUGUUUAAAAAGUAUUCCAAAAUGUGUAACUAAUACAAUUUUACCUAUGAAAAUCUAAAACUUACACAAAUUACUUGUCAAACAUCGUACUAAACGAUGUUUCAUUCAAAAAAUCUCAAAAAUUUUAUUCAAAUGAUAUGUCUCAAAAAAUACAAUUUUUGAAUACUUCGUAGUUUUACAUAAUAGGACUUUUCAACGCUUUUUAUUUGUUUCUAGAUCCUGACAAUAUGUCGUAUAAUCCGUGUAUAAUAUUAACGUACAUGAAUAUAUGACAUAUGAUAGAAACUCAAAACAAAUGAGAAACAAUUGAUGGAUUCGACUGUUACUUGAUGGGAGUUCAUUUUAUCUAACAAUAAAACAAUGAAAACGUUUGUUUUCUAUACUUCCACAAAAUGUAUUACAACUAAGUGACUACAGCCGUUUCGGCAGAGUGCCUUUCUCAAGUGAUAUAGUUUACAAUGUGUUUGCCUUUUUAAGUCUUUAACUGAAGAGGUUGAGGAGUGGGGAGCUGUUUGUCUCGAGUUGGUCAUUCAGAAUUAUAUCUGUAUUUUUCUUAUCUUUUUUAUCUUCUUUAGA